AAAUAAAAAUCGAUAAUCAGCAAAGAAAAUGGCGCAGCUAGACAGAAGAACGAAGGAGCAAAUCUUCGUUGUUCAACAAUUUUUACUAUUUCUUGCCAUAUUAAGUUCAUUAUUACAGAGUACAUUAUGCCUAUAUCAAGAAGGUCGAAUAGAAACAACCGAUAAUUGGAUAUUUCUAGCAAGAUUUUGUUUUCUGUCAGACAUUGGAAGGUUACGAUUUGAAGUUCAAUAUCCUCAGUCUUUUCAAACCCAGAACCUAAUUCUGUAUUACGAUGAGCCGGGUCAGUGGCCGUCGGUCUACCCAUUAGAUACAGCACCUCUGCAGUCAUGCUUAGAGAAAGAGUCCGUCUUGAAACCCGAGAACCACCAAGUGGUGAACCUGACCACGUCCUACGUCUGGUCGGGGUGCGUUCAGCUGGAAACGGACGUGGACAGCGACUGGAGGAGGCUGUUCGGCGACUCUCACUACUUUGACUGCAAGGGUGGGCGGAGCUUUCGCUCUGUGCGGGACAGAUGGUGGUACAUCGUCCUCUCCAACUGCAAUGCCGGCCACGGGUUGCUGAUGAACUACAAACUGACGAUGACCAAUGGUGAAGAUUGGUGGUACAAGCACUUCUCUGCUGAUCAGUUUGGUAUCCUAGCAACAGACAUUGCAUUCCUAUUCAUGUUUAUGGCCCUCUUUGGAUGCUCUAUAUAUGUCGCAAUGUUACUUGCUUCAAGGUCCCUCUUCCACACCACCUAUAAGAUGUACAUGUGGGUUCUCUUCUUAUACAUUCUUAGCCUUGUAUUCUACAUCAUCUUCUAUGCUGACUAUGCAAAUGACGGGACGGAGGUCCGAGGGCUAAAGUUCACCGCCAGGGCGUUCCAGUCGGGUGCCGACGCCCUCUUUCUACUUCAGCUGAUCCUCAUGGCAAAGGGAUAUACCAUUACCAGAGGACGCCUCAGUCAUUCUGGCACGGUAAAAAUCACCAUUCUAAUGGCUAUAUACUGUAUGCUGUAUGCAGCCUUAUUCAUCUAUGAAGUAUAUGCCUUUGAUGCGGGAGAGGUGCUAUACCUGUACGAGAGCCCUGCAGGGUACGUCCUAGUGGCGUUGAGGGCGCUCACCUGGCUGUGGUUCAUCUACGCCAUCUUCUUCACAUUGAAGCACUAUCCUGAAAAGAAUUCUUUCUACAUACCCUUCUUCUUCUGCUAUACAAUGUGGUUUCUUGCAAUGCCUGUAAUGAACAUUAUAGCAUCAUUAGCCAUGCCUAAAUGGUGGAGAGAGAAGGCCAUGAAUGCCAUUGAACUCAUCAUCGCCUUUGUGGCACAGCUUGGCUUUUUGAUUCUGACCAGACCGUCGGCAGCCAAUCACAACUUUCCCUACCACGUCCGCACCUCGCAAGUCGGUGUCAUCGACACCCCAGAUGGCCAGGUUCAGAAUAACCCCGAUGCGUACGAGCACCAUGGCUAUGCUGCCAACGUAUUCAGCAACGAUCAUCAACCAAACUUUACAGAGCUGUUCACCGUAGGGCAGUCCAACAAGUAUGCGCAGAACCAACCCAACGGUAAUGCAAACGGAAUGGUAAAUGGCGCCUCUAACGGAGUUAACCGUAAUCCACAACGUGAUGUAUCCAGUAUGUUCAUGGCCAAGUAGAUGAGGAGCCAGCCAUGUGAAACGAUGCCUUCACACCCACAAAAAAUGAGUUUAAACGUGAUCAAAGUAGGUAGAGAAGUUGAAAGCAAUCAAAUUGCAAGUACAUCAGCACUCUAUCGUCAACACACCAUGGCCCCAUAACAUAUAACUUAAAGGGGAACUCAACCUUGGUCUUAAAAUGUCAUGUUGGAAAGGAGAUAAAUGACAAAACAGAAUGGUGAAAGUUUGAAAGAAAUCAGACAAAUAAGAAGAAAGUUAUGUCCAAUAUUGUUCAAACUUUCAUUUUUCAACUUGUGUGAUUAUUCAUUUUCUUCUGAAAACAUCUUUUUUUAUUUGGGUUGGAUUAAAAAAUUGAUCACGGUGCCUGUUUAUACGAUUGAUUGCGUUGGUUGUUGCGUAUGAUCAGACGUAACAUUAAGCCCAUGAUCGAUCGCUAAGCUUUUUGUUUCAGCUCCUCAGUUUCCUUUAACUUUUUUACCAAUCCUUUGAUUAUUUCAAUCAAAAUCUACAAACACAUUCACAAUGUUUCAUUAUGCAUUUGCAAUUAUCUCGAUAUACUGUCUUGUAGAUUGUUUUGAACCUCAUUUGUGCAUUUUAAAUGCAACUGACUAUUACCAUAUUCAUUCCAUGUGAUAAAUCUUUGAUUUAGCUUUAAGUACUUUUGAUUUUAAAAUGAUGGUGAAUCAAGUUUUUCCUUUAUUGCAUUGAUAGACAUACGUGGCCCAAUUUAUUGUGGUGAUAGCAAAUUUACUAUCACUUAGUUGCUUUGCAUUGCCUACCAGAGGGGAGAGCAAAACACGUCUUUCAUAUCGAUAAGUACUUAAAUUGAUAUA